CCAAGAACAGUAUACAACCGGGAGCCACCAAAAUAAACAGCAAAAUAAUGGGUGGACAGAAAGGAUCCAUAAUCGCCGCGCUGGCGCUGCUGGUCGCCUGUGCCGCUCCAGCCACGGCCGAUCUGAACGUGACCGCAUUGUGCCUGCUGGUCAGAAGUGGCAGCUACGUGGCCAGCCAGACGGAGUGCUCCACCUACUACCAGUGCCAGGGGUCGCAGGUCACAACCCUGACCUGUCCCACGGGCUACUACUUCGACAAGAACGCGCAGCAGUGCACGGGCACCGUGCCGAGCACCUGCAUCGACAGCAACAAUCCCUGCCAGGGCAAGGCGGUGGGCUCCUUUGCGGGCACCACCACCUCCUGCGGCGGCUACUACUACUGCGGCUCCUCGGGAGCAGUGCGGGGCAACUGUCCCGCCGGCGAGAACUUCAACCCCACGACCAUGGCCUGCGUGUAUGCCAACAACUAUCCCUGCCGGACCUCCAGCGACAGCGACACUGCUGCCAGUGUCUUGACCCUCAACCUGUGCAAUCUCAUCAAGAACGGCGUCUACUUCGGCAGUCCCUCCAACUGCAGCGGCUGGAACUUCUGCCAGGACAAUGUCUUGCGCUCGGGCAGCUGCGCCAAGGGCUUCGUGUACAAUGUGGCGGCCAGCAACUGCGGCUACCAGACGAUCUCCUCCUGCUCCCAGGUGACCAACGACCCUUCGCUGACGGGUGCUGCUGUGCCGACGAUCUGCUCCAAGGCGGGUUCCAUGAUCAAGGCGACGGCCUGCAACCAGUACUACAUGUGCUCGGCCAGCGGCAGCUACCAGCUGAUGACCUGCCCCUCGGGAUACUACUACGACACCAUCUCGGAGGCAUGUGUGACCAGGAUGUUGGCGAGGAACGAUUGCGACAGGUGCGUGGGCACCACCGCCAGCUUCGUGAACGCCUACUCGGCCAGCAACUGCUCCGAUUACCUGUACUGCGUGAAUGGCGUCCAGAAGGACGUGGAGACCUGUCCCACCGGCUACUACUUCAACGAGAACUCUGGGGCCUGCGUUAACGGUGAGGAGCCCCAGUUCAGGUGCUGCAAUCCCCUGGGAAACACCGGCAUUGCGACCACAGCUGCUCCAUCCACUUCUACCAACGGAACCUCCUCUGGAUCUUCUUCCACUGGAACCUCCUCUGGAUCUUCUUCCACUGGAACCUCCUCUGGAUCUUCUUCCACUGGAACCUCCUCUGGAUCUUCUUCCACUGGAACCUCCUCUGGAUCUUCUUCCACUGGAACCUCCUCUGGAUCUUCUUCCACUGACACCUCCUCUGGAUCUUCUUCCACUGGAACUUCCUCUGGAUCUUCUUCCACUGGAACCUCCUCUGGAUCUUCUUCCACCGGCUCUUCUACAGAUACAUCUUCGGGAAAAACCGACGGAACUUCUACGGAUACUUCUUCGGCAAAAACCGACGGAACUUCUACGGAUACUUCUUCGGCAAAAUCCGACGGAACUUCUACCGGAACCUCUUCGGGCACUUCUACUUCUACAAAAUAAUCUGUUACAUUUCCUUUGCAUUUUGAAAAAAUAUUAAAUAUAUAACUGCAUAAAAAUAAAUAAACCAUUGUACAUCGAUAGAGGAACCCGAUUU